AUGGCUAAUAACGAUAAUUUUGCACAAGACGUUACGGAAAAUCAAGUGAAUGGCAAUGCAGAGAAUGGUGGAGGUGAUGGCCAAGAACAUAACAGUGCAGACGCCCCGGGACGCGAUGACGACAGAAAACUUUUUGUGGGAGGCUUGAGCUGGGAAACUACAGACAAGGAAUUACGUGAUCACUUCAGUGCAUAUGGAGAAAUUGAAAGUAUCAAUGUUAAAACAGAUCCAAAUACUGGAAGGUCACGGGGCUUUGCAUUUAUUGUAUUCAAGGCACCGGACUCCAUUGAUAAGGUUAUGGCUGCUGGUGACCACACCAUUAACAACAAAAAAGUAGACCCAAAGAAAGCAAAAGCAAGGCAUGGGAAAAUAUUUGUUGGUGGUCUCAGCAGUGAAAUUUCUGAUGAUGAAAUUAAAAACUUCUUCAGCAAUUUUGGAGCAGUUAUAGACGUGGAGAUGCCUUUUGACAAGACAAAGAAUCAAAGGAAAGGCUUUUGUUUCAUUACAUUUGAGUCUGAGCAAGUUGUUAAUGAGCUGCUCAAGACUCCUAAACAGACCAUUGGUGGCAAGGAGGUUGACGUAAAGAGGGCGACGCCGAAACCUGAUGGUCCUGGAGGAAUGGGCGGAAGAGGAGGCCGUGGAGGGAGGGGCGCGCGCGGAGGACGCGGGGGUCGCGGGGGAUACGGCGGUCAGGGAGCGUGGGGCAACCAGGGCUACGGUGGCUACGGAUAUGGACAGGGCGGCUACGGCGGCGGAUACGACGGCUACGGGGGCUACGGCGGAUACGGAUACGACGGCUACGGCGGAUACGGCGGAUACGAUUACUCCGGAUACCCCAAUUACGACUACGGCGGGUACGGAGGGUACGAGGGCGGCUACGGCGCGCGCGCGGCUCCGCGCGGGAAAGGUACUGCCGUCCUCACUGCUCCCGCCGCCCGCCCCGCCCCGCUGCACUGUAGUGUUGCCACGUCUGAC